AUGGAGGCGUACUCUACUUGCAAAAGCUUGAUGUUGCCCCUAUUGACAAUUGUCCUAUUCAUCUCUCUAACACAGCCAGCAGUUACAGCAGCCAAAGACUCUAACACAGCCUACACAAACUUCGUCAAGACCAAAUGCAACAUCACCACAUAUCCUUCACUUUGCCAGAAAACACUAACACCCUAUGCCUCUUCAGUGAAAAGCAACUCCACACUGCUGUGCAUAAAAGCCCUUAAUGUAGCCAUAAAAGGCGCACGCGACGCCUCUGUUAUUGUCUCGAGACAGAAAGAACAGAAGGGAAUAACCCGAUAUGAAGCCGCCGCUAUUAAAGACUGUAUGGAAGAUGUCAAGGACGCAGUGUACGAACUCAAGCUGGCUGUUGAAGCAAUGGGACAUUUGGGUGAUAAAGAUAAGGAAUUUCAGUUGGCUAACGCCAAGACAUAUGCAAGUGCUGUAAUAACAGACGCAGAUUCAUGCACUGAUGGUUUCUCCGGACGGAAGGUAAAUCCAGAUGUGAAGGACAUCAUAAAUAGAAGCAUGACAGUUAUUAUUAAACUGUCCAGCAAUGCGUUGUCACUCAUUAAUCAUCUUUAUGUAUAG